AUGGCUGCUUUCGCAGAUUUUGACAAUACGGGUGAGAAUGACACAUGUCACGACCUCCAUCUGGAUGAUAUCAAGGUCGAGUUUCAUCCAAAUAGUGGAAAGCCUGCUCAGAUAUUCCGUUUUGAGGAAUACACGACAUCCAGCAAAACUUCUGUCAACAGCCCAAUUGAUUCAGAACCAUGGAAACCCUUUCGGUCACGCCUGGAUUUCGAAAUUGCAGAAGUAAUGCUGGAUACACAUAUGAACAAGUCUCAGACCAACCGACUUCUCUCACUUAUUCACCAAUGCAUCAAAACCCCAUCUGAAUUCACACUUGAGAACAGUACAGAUUUAGAAAAUGUAUGGGAGAAUGCUCGGAUGGCCCGCACUUCAGGAUUUAAAAAAACCACUAUCUCUGUCCCAUACAAAGGAGAUGAAAUCUCUCAUGAUGUUUGGACAUAUUCAUUGUUUGAGUGGACGCGGCAACUGCUUGCCGACCCUGGCCUUAUUUCACAGUUUCAUUGGCAUGCUGAGCAUCACUACAAGUAUGAUGGCUCCAAAUUUGAACGUUUUAUAGAUGAACCAUGGACAGCUGAUGCCUGGUGGAGAAUUCAAUCAACCCUUCCACCUGGUGCACUUCCUUUUUGCAUGAUUAUUUAUGCAGAUAAGACACGCCUAUCAUCCUUUGGUUCAGUCAAGGGCUAUCCAGUGAUUGGUCAGCCAGCCAACUUGGAUGUUGGAAUCAGAAAUGGAACAGGUGUUGCAGGUGGAAGAGUAUUUGGAUUGCUUCCAGUGAUAGAUGAAGAUUCUGGAGAAGCAGGGAAAAAAGGAUACAUCAAUUUCAAACGAGUUGUUUGGCACAAGGCAUUUUUCCACAUUCUGGAAUCCAUCCAACAAUACCUCAAAACAGGCUAUACAUUUACCAAUUGUGCAGACAGCAUUGAUCGACACAUAUUUUGGUUCAUCUUGAUUGCAUCUGCUGACUAUGAGGAACAGUGCAUGUUUUCCUCAAUUCGAGGGAUUGGAAGCAACUUCCCAUGUCCAAUUUGCCUUGUUCCUGCUACUGAGCAAGCCAAUAUAUCAAAGAUAUACCCAGAAAGGAGAGCAGAAAAGAUGGAAGAAAUAUAUAGAGCUGCACAGAAACUUUUAUCUGGUCCAAAAGAUGAGCUUCUCAAAGAGUUUGGCCUCCGUGAUGUUGAGAAUGUUUUCUGGACUUUCCAUGGUUCAGAUAUACAUAGAGCUCUUUCAUUUGAUCGCCUUCAUGCUUAUCAUGGCGGUCUUUUCUCAGACCACUUGCUGCCAGAAGUAAAAGGACAUAUCAAUGAGCUUGGAAAGGAGUCUGCCAAAUUGCUUGAUACUCAGAUUUCUGAAAUCCCUUCUUGGAGUGGCCUCAAUCAUUUUAGUGGCAUUAUGAAAACAGAAUUUGCUGAUGGAUCAAAGUAUGAGGAUAUAUCAAAGAUUAUUGUCUUUGCAGCCCACAACAUUCUCUCCAAGAAUGUUUCAAAGGAAGGAUUUCAUCUCCUUAAACUAAUCCGGAGUUAUUUAGAGCUGGACAUGUAUGUAUCAUUGACAGUGCACACUGAAUCCACCAUUGCAGCAGGUCGGGCUGAACUACUUGUCUUCGAGAAAUUGCUACAUGAAUAUAUGGCAAUGAAUACUGAAAAAUCAUGGAACUUUCCCAAAGCUCAUAGCCAUCAGCAUGUUUUUGAUGACAUUCAAAACAAGGGAGUGACAAGAAAUUACAAUACAAAGCCAAGCGAGAAAUCCCAUGGUGCACUGAAAUCUGCCUACAAAUUUCACACUAACUUUAAAAAUGUUGAAUCUCAGAUUCUUCAAGUUAAUGAAUCACAUUUAGUUGCAACAAUCAUACAUGCUAAACUUGAAGCUCUCGAUGAAGCCCAGAAUGCCCUGGAACAGGAAGAAAGUGAGAAGAUAAACUUGUUUGGCAGCCAACAUAUAUCUCUUGGUUCUCCAAAUCCUGAGAUUACGCUUAAGGAGAUGGAGCAGCAGGGAAUUCAGGAUGCAGCAUUUCGAGAUUUUCGCAAGAAGCUAGCCAAGUUUUUUUCAAGGUUUUUUGGUCAACAGAUACGACUUCGGGAUGACGAAAAGAUCACUCCCUACAAAUAUCUUCGAGCCAAUCAUGAAUCAACAGUUGAUUGGUUUCUUGAGACAGAUUUGCUCAGGGUCAAUCCCAAUUUUCACAACAAGGAGCACUAUGAUUGUGUUAUUGUCAAAAUUGAUGACAGCAAGCACAUCUUUGCAAGACUAUUGUGCAUAUUCAGUUGUGUAAUCAAGUCAACCAAGUACUUUAUGGCGUUAAUUCUUCCCCUGGAUCUGCCACCAUCUCUCGUCAAUCGUGGACGUGAUCAGGAACUUCACUUUACACAACUUCGAUCACGACCAAGGAUUUCAAGCUGCUUUAUUUCUGUGGAGUCAAUUGUCCGUGGGGCUCUUCUGGCCAAUGAUUAUGGCUGUGAAUAUAAGGAUGAGUUUCUUGUCAUAGAUGUUGCAGAUCAGGAUAUGUGGCUUCGGGUGAAGUCAUUGACACUUACACAUCGUGCUGAUCUGUAG